AUGUCUUCGAACAGGUUAAUGGUUUAUUUCACAACAGCAUGCAUAUGUUGCUUCAUGGUGGGAAUCAAUAUCAUACUGGGCAUUAUGCUGUACGUAUCACCGCGUCUCGCCAAGAAGCUGAUCCUCAAACUGGGUGAAAGAGCCACCAUGACCCAGAAUCCUAGUUUUAAGUUUGAAGAUUGGGGUCCGACCUUUGGCACCUUCAUGUUCUUCAAAACUGCCUCUCAUCAGAUGUGGCUGUCCCUCGGACAAGAGGCGUUUGUGGGAGGAGAAGCUCCGGACACAGAUGUGGUCAGCAUGGAGGGAACGAAAUCAAGAAUCAGCCGGUUCGUGAAAGACAACAGAAUGCUGGUGUUGAAUUUCGGAAGUUGCACCUGACCCCCGUUUAUGUACAAACUUGAGGAGUUCAAGCAACUCGUCAAGGACUUCAGCGAUGUAGCCGACUUUCUUGUGAUCUACAUCGAGGAGGCGCAUUCAACAGACGGUUGGUCAUUUGCAAACAACAUCGACAUCAAGAAGCACAAGAGCCUGGAGGACAGGCUGUCCGCGGCACAUAUCCUGCUCCAAAAGGACCCCCUUUGUACGGUGGUUGUGGAUGAAAUGGACAAUGCUGCUGCCAUAAAGUACGGUGCUCUGCCUGAGAGGCUCUACGUGCUGCAGGCUGGGAAAGUUGUCUACAAGGGGGGCAGAGGACCUUGGGACUACAAUCCAAUGGAGUUGCGUGCGUUCCUGGAGAAAAUAAAAUAAGACAAUCCGACCAGAAUGCGAUUGAUGGCUGCAGAUGAAACCGUUGGCCUCUGCAGCCCGAUGGAGUGAAACACACACAGACAGUUCAGUCAAGAGUUUGUGUUUGAGGUAUCACACAAUGUUCAGGAGAUGUCCCCGAAGUUGUCUUAUUCUAAAGUUUAAAAGGCCUUACCGUCCAAGUCAAAAAACACAUUUGUUCCCACUUCUCUUGCAGAUCAUAUUUUCUGUUCAUAGAUUUCUUUUUGUACAUAAACUUUCAAAACAGUAACAUACAUGAUAAAAACCCGGAAUAUCGACACUAACAAAAAAGCAUUAUAAAAAGAACCGAAAUAAAACAAAGUGCAAUCAACAAGUGUAUAUGGAAAAAAGGAUAUUGGUUUGUUGUGUCUGAAUGCUCCUAUGUGGUUUGACAGGAGUCUACUUUAUAUAUGAUGGUUACAGUGCAAACCUCUGGUGACUGUAAUUUGAUGAGUGAUGACUCGAAAAGAGGCCUUCUCUGAAUUAUGUAGGAGCAUUCUCGAUUACACUUUAAAAACAAAAUAUUCAUCAUGUUAAACAGUCUGCAUGUUGUUUUGAAUAUUUUUAUAUCCAAUGUUUUCACUAUGGUAUAAUAAAGAACAAAAUGUAAAGAC